AUGAGGAGCUUAGCUUCCUUUUCAUUCCUCGUCGCUGCUGCUACGGCACAGUCCGUGAUAGAAAGCUCUAGCUUUGGUUAUGGUCAUACUAUAUCGCCAGACAGAGAUUCCAUCCCUGGUUGGCAGGUUGGGGGCGAGGGCCAUACACCUCAGAUUGGUGGAAGCAUUCGAGGCUUCCUCAAUGACGGAACGACUGAUUACAAGAGCCAUAGAAGCGUUGACAGCUUGGCUUUUGGGCACUGCGACUAUGCUUACAGAAACCUCGGCCGUCCCUCUGUCGUGCGCCUGAAGCACACUAAUGCCGUUCUUGAAGUCACCGUGGAUGAUAAGCUUUGCUUCUCAACGAACAAGGUCGGCCUUCCUACUGGUAACAACUUCGGCAUAACGGCAGCCACUCCUGAGAAUCCAGACUCCUUCGAGAUCUUCAAGUUCGUCGUGCAACCUACCGCUUCCGGAACGAACGCAGCACCUCCUGCUCAGCCGCAAGCCAACCAACAACCGAUUGUCAACCAAGGACAGGCUCGUCCAGUGGACCCCCGCUCAGUCAACUCUGACCAACUCGCCGAUCUCAGCAGCCGUCUUCAAAGGCUCAAUGACGCCACUAACAGCAUUGCCCGCGACGCCAGCAGCCAGUCCUCUAAAGCGGAAAAUCGCCAUGUAGAGCUUCUUCAGAAGAUGGCUACCAAGGAGCAGGUGGCCAAUCUUGACGCCCGGUUGCAGAAGAUCGAGCUGCUGCUGCAGAAUAUUCAACGUGACCUGGAAGGCAAAGACUACCGCGACCGCUUCAAUCAGCUGCACGAGACCCUGAGGUCGUCGCACAUGAGCCUAGCUGAGAAUCUGCAAAACACAAUUCUCAAUGUCAUCACCGCCUCAACCCCUCGCAUGGGCUUCUUCAUCUGUCUCGUCAUCGCGGUACAACUCCUCCUUGCCGGCUCCUACAUCAUCUACAAACGUCGCCGUGCGAACAUGCCCAAGAAAUUCCUUUGA